AUGGAGGCUGAAGGAAGAAGCUCAGGUGUAGGCAAUGGCCACCAUGACGACCUGCCCAAACAGUCGCCACCACGGUCUCAGCUCCCCUCGCCUAGUCACAGCUUCAUCGAAGCAGCAGGCGCGGGUAAAAGCAGGUCUUAUGCACCUAUUAUAUCAAGUAAAGAUGGAACCAAUGGUCCAGUCGUUCUAGUCAAGGCGGGAAGCGCAGAAAUGCCCUCUGAAUACAUCGACAUACGAAUCCCGAGCCCGAGUUUACUACGCAUGAUCAACACAGAACCCGUCGUAGACAUAGGACACAUAUGCCUCGAUGAAAACGGAUCAGAGAGUCUGUUGGUUGAUCCCAUAUCGACUGGUACGCCGACAAGAAUGCGUCAGUCUCUGACCGACCAAGUGAGAUCAGGCGGGAAGUGCAGUGAUCAGGCACCACCGAGGAAUUCGAUAUCGCCAACCAGUUCUGCGAGUUCUCAACAGUUGACAACUGCACCUGGACUUGGAACCCCAAUCUCUGCGAAUAUGGUGCAUUCCGCGGAUGCUCAAAGCAUACAAACACCUCAUCGGACGCCGGAAUCGUCGCCAAGUUCGCGUGAAUUCCACAACGCGUUCUCAGUAUCUGUGGAUAAGGUGCCAGAAGGCCCCAUGUCGCCACCGUCUCAUCGUCGUUUGGACCGUAAUCCACCAUCAUCAGUGCUCUCCAGCGUCAGCGCGCCAGGCGGUUACUUCAACGUGUACAGGAGCAAUUCGACACCGGAUAACCGAGACCAUAAUAGUGGCUCUUCCUUUAGCGUGUCACUCUCCGUGCGGUCAGGGGAGAGCUCGACUACGGGUGCGAGCUCAGGAACGCUAUCCACAAUGACGCCGUCGUCUGAAGAAUCUUUGGUUAUAGAAUCUCCGCCGAACUCCGACAUCGGAUCGCACAUAAUCCAGCAUUCCAUGGCGCCUGUUGUGCGCAGAAUAUCUGGAAAUACCAUGUCUAGAGAGGUAGCACCGAGAGACACCCCAAGAAACCACGCUGAUCAGGCUGCGCAGUUCCCGCAACAGUUUCACAGUUAUUCUCAAAGGGAAGUUGGUGCGGAGGAUUCGUUGGGCAAUAAUUUCUUCAGUCCCACGCAUCGUAUGUCCAACUCUGGCGGACUGAAUGGGCUCUCCUUUACCGACGCGCCUCCACGCCAGUCAACUGGACGUGCGCCGGGAAGCAACGUCGUCGACGGAGUAUCCACGGGGCGCACUAUAGUUAGCCCUCUCAUUCAUCGUGAACUAUUGGCAACGCUGGGGGAGGAGCUGCGUAACGUGUGUCCGCUCUCUGGCAUUGGCGGCGGUGGCCGUCUUAGCGAGCCAAGUGGCAUACUGAGUCAUCGAAGUGCCGAUGAGGGACGCUCGCCGCCACACCGUGGAUCCGAAAUGGCUCGAAUAAGACAAGAUAAUAUAGAAAGGUAUAUCGCCUCCGGCAAUUUUUUUGAGGAUGAGGGUCACCUCAUCGCUGCAACGAACGGAGAAAGAAGGCACCAUGAAAUUACCACGCGCACCGGCAGGCGCAGCAGCGGAGACGAAAACGCAUCUGCACCACCUCGGGUGCGUCUUUCGAAUACUGAAGAAAUGGGUGAUGGGUUAAUCGUGAAACUCGGUGGUGAAGCGGAGCAUGCAGUGGACGACGAAGAGGAGGGUAGCAUAUUCCUGAUACCAGAUAACUUCAACCUGUAUGCCGCAUCAUUCGGUGACCCGGUGGUAAAAAGCAGUAGCGUUAAUCUGGAUGAUGACGUCCAGAUGUACACGGCCAGGGGACAGGAGUCGGAGGACGAUCAGCCUUACACUGGAUCCGAGACGCUAAAUUUUACGUUCUCUUACAGUGACGCUCCGGCGGUCAUCCAAUCACAGGAGGAAAGUAAUAGUUCCGGAAGUUCCCCAUAUGGUAUUGGUGCACUUUCUUUCAGCGCAUCGAGAGACUUGCCGUACGAAGCUGCAGUGAGUGGCCAGGGGCCACCAGGAACACUUGCGCCAAGUGCUGCCAUUCAAAUUGAGGAUCUGCAGUCAAACAACGCAUUCAGCGCUGUCGACAAGAAUAUUGAGAGCUACGACGCACCCAUGGAGGGAAUGACAUUCUCCGACCGAGUCCAACUUUUCGUCGCACGUCGGGCUAGUGAGCAUGGACCCGAUAGUUUGAACCAGACCGAUUCCAAGCGGAACUCUGUGGGUGAAAUAAAUCUGGAUGAAGACUAUAUAAAGGCUAAAACGAACAUCAUGACGUCUAUUGAGUACGAAUCGGCCGAAGAAAUCGCAUGUGGAGCCACCACCAGCUCACCCUCGAACCUCGGUACGCCGGAAAACAGCAAUGUUGUAGAAACAAUGCCGGUAUAUACGGCAUUUCAAGAGAGUGUCACUCGACCGGACAUAUCCAACAUGGGUACCCUGAUGCCACUUAUCACUGAAAAUGAGCGGCUGGAGCUUGAAAGGUCCCAACAUCCGCUCUCCCCACCUCGCGCCCCGGAAGGUUUAAUGCAUACGGACGAUGCUAUUAAUAAACUGUAUUCCGUCAUACCGUCAACUUACAGCACCAAGGUUGUGGCUACAACUGGGAUGCAGUACAUACCUGGAGUAGAAAUGGUUGCCGAGAACGCCAUUCCGGUGCCGUACCCAUCGCAACAUGCACCACUUCCGGGGAACACCGGGACCCUGCAUAUGAGAAACUUCUAUACGAACUUAGUCGGGGAAAAGUCACGGCUACACAGCGACACUGUGCCGCCAUAUGAUGUACAACCCAUGCCCUCCAGGGCAUACGAGCCGCUAAACAAUUCCAAACGCAUCAAGCUGAGUGAUAUGAGCCCCCGCAGCUUCAACAACGGAUCUGUACAAAUGGGCGCUAAUAAUCCCAUAGUGAUGCCAGAAGCCGCGAAAUUGGUGAACGAUGCGCACAAGAGGGUACGAGUCGUCAUCGGGGCCAAACUUUGUGAAGACGGUUACAACUUCCCAACGGACACCAACGGACGCUUGGCGUAUAAUGUCACGGGUUCUUCGGUUUAUCCGGGGGUUAAUACGCUGCCUUCAUCGCUAAUAAGGCCGACAUCGCAAAACCGCGAGGUUCGAGAGGGGGCCAGGCAGAUGCUUUCCGAAGUCGUGCAGAAACUGAAAAACAUCAACGCCGCAAAAGAGAAGAUACGGCAGAGUUGUUUAUUGGCAACGAAGCACUCUCCUAUGCUCGUAAAGGCCAAUGAAGUGUACUGUUCGGUGGCCAAGGAAUGCCGUCAGUUGACCAAGUCGAUACAGCAAAGGCAGGAGUAUAUUGAAUUGCAGAAAAAGCUCAUUGAUUUCAAAACAAAGCAGCUUAAUCAUAUCAGGCAGAGAGUUGGAACUCUCAAGCAGCGCAUCAAAGUGCGCGAGGCCAAUGCUCCCAAAUUGCAACAUAUGGAACACUUGAUCGAAACCCUGCGCAACAUCUACGCGGCGACGGGCAUAAGGGUGGUGCCUCUAGACGCGGGGUCGAAGAAUAUCCGUUGGGUUUUUGCAAUUUUCUUCAAUGCGGAUCCCAACACAAGGCGCUAUAUCCGCAGCUUCAAGGCGAGCUGGCAUAACGACCUCGUGCGUGCUGCCGAUCAAUUGAUCGAAGGCGCCGUGAACAAACCCCUGGUCUAUCAUCGCAUCAAAGCGGAGCAGCGCUUCAACCCAGAAAUCAACAUGGUGGUGUGCAUGAAAACAACUGACAGAGGGGUGGGACGCGGAAACCUCCCGUCUAGCAUGCGGUCGGUGCUAAGGUGUGGUGACGAGUCGUCCCCAGACGUGGAAGCAAUUCGGACGCCGUACCAUCGUGCACACGUACCGGCGUUCAGGAGCGACGAGUGGUCAUCAAGUAGUCCUGGAUCAUCCACAACACCCUCCGUGACCAGGGGCAUAUUCAAACCCCACUCGUUGGGGGCAGAGUCGACGCACUCCUCGACCUCCGACGCGGACACCUUAGAAACUGAGGACACGGCCAUCGAAUUCCCACAAGGCACAUCGCAUAUAACCGUUUGUCCUGUUAACUGGGAUGAACUGGUGGACGUGGAGGACGUGAGCCGGGGGCUCCGGGUGGUGUUCACGGCACCGAGAUUCAAGACCGGGGGAGGCUCGGAUAAGGUGUGGGAGCAGGUGCUGGCGCGGCUGCUCGAAGCGGCCAACAAGCGCAUGCACCAGCUCAUAUCGCGACUUAUGACGCGUAACGCGGAUGAGAGCCAUCCCAUCACGCUGAUCGCACUGAUACGUGAGAUCAUGGACUACGGCUCGGCGCUGAGCGCGCGAAUCAGGGUGGUGCAACGCGAGCUCUUGCAGCUUCUCACAAGCACAUGCGGCGGCAAAUUUGCUACGAACGGAGACAUCGUAACCAUCGAGGUUGUGCUCACGCCGCAAAUGCCCAAGAGGCCGUCGCUGCUGUGCUCGGUUGACGUUGACGCCUACGACCUGCUGCAGAAGGGCUCGUACGCGCGUGCCGCCAGGAACAUCAGGUUCCGCGCGAUACCGCGCGGCUACGAAUCCCUGCUGCGCGACAUCAACGCCGCAAUGUCAGCGGCCGAUCGGAACCGCAGCAUCUACGACUUCAUAGUGGGCGCAUGCGCCCAGGCAGGCCACAUGCUAUAUAAACAUGGCAAUUAA